AUGGUGGGAAUGCAGACUGAUGACACGAUCGGCUUAACGACCCUUGUUUUCUCCCAACGUGAGGACGAGAAGCUGGCAGAGGUCGCCUUCAAGGCCAAGCCCAAGGAGGUCCUAGGUGAAAUGAAGCCUCUCAUGUUCAACGGCGCGGCCCGAAUCUUCGUCUUUGUGGACGGCUCCUUCGCCAACAACCGAGAUCUUACCUCGCAGCUCGGCUUUGCCAUCAUCCUCGGUAGGAUCCUGGUGUUCCGCGGAGAGGUCCGAAGGAAGGAAGUCCCCCGCCCGAGCAAGAGUCGCGCCUUGCACCCCGUUCGUUUCAUCGAAGUUCUACACAAUCAUGGGCAAGUCCAAGUCGGACGUCAUGAACAAGCCGUGAUCGCCGAGGAGGUUCUCCCAAAGUCGAGCCAUAAGUUCUUCCGCAAGUUAGCAUCCUCGGUCCGCAAAUUCCUCGACAAGAAGAUCGGGGAAAAGCAGCUCAAGACCGCAACUGACCAGCUUGAGACUCGACUUGAUCACCACGACAGCAUCGCUGUCCCGGGCCUGACCCUGAAGCAGGUAGAAAGCUCUCUCCUGCUGGACUUCGAUAGCCAUGACGUUGAGAUGGAGCAUGUUGAGCCCUGCGACCUACCCCCCUACCUCGAUCUCAUUGAACAGGCGUUCGGUCGCUCGCCGUCCACCGAAGCUAAGACUCGGUGGUUGAUCGACGCUUUCAUCCUCCACGCAUACGCGGCUGUCACUUCUGAUCUCACCAAUGCGCAACCUUUGAAUGUUCAAUGCGAGAGGGGCUAUUCUUUCGGCCCGGUCAAACUCAAUGGUAAGCGGGUUAUUUUCUCCGGAAGAAUGGAUUACAGUAUUUGGUAUGGUGAGACCGAGCUCCUGUGCCUGAACGUCCUCGUUGUUGAGGCUAAGGGUGGACCCAAGUCCGGUCAUGCACUCCCCCAACUCCUGGGAUAUAUGGGUAUGUAUCUCGCUAUAUGUGUCUUUUGGGACACUUAA